GAGUAAGAGGAAGGGGCAAGGUGUAAGGUGACGGAGUGUGUAGGGGGCGCUUUAGCUCUAUGCUAAAAAAGGGGGGCGCCUGAAUCCUAUGAUUGGCGGUGAGAAACAUGUUGAAGGAAUUGAGUGCAAAGGAUCCAAGCAUAACAAGGAAGGCGCAUGAAGAAAGACUUACUCGAUGUAGCCGGGGUUGCAGGGGCAUUCGUGGCGUCGCGAACAACGGGCGCCUGGGGUUGCGGUGGUGCAGAGGAAGUGGGAGGCGCCUCGGUUGGAGGGGGAGAAGAUCCGCGAUUUGGGGCAGACGCCUCGGUAGAAGGCGCAUUCGUGCUGAGGGGGAUUUGACGGGAGGAAGCCAUAGCAAGGCGAGGCGCGUGGGGAAGGAAAAGUUGCGAGCGAAGGAGAAGAGGGAAAACUAGAGAGAGGAGGUAGAGAGAGGAAAUCUGUGAAUUAUGUUGAAGGAGAGGGGGAAGAAAGAAAUUUAUAGGGCGAAGAGGGGCGAGCGAAGGAGAGAGAGGAAGGGGAGGCGAACAGACUUCUCCAAUCCACUCCCGAUUUUCGAAAUUUGAAUUUCAAAACGCGAGCGGAUUGGAGGGAGGGAAGAGAGUGGAAUCGCAAGGGACGCAGGGCACGGAAAAAGAGGCGGAAACCGGGCAAAAAGCAUGGAUAAAUAAUAAAGAAUAAAAAAAUGUAUAUAUAUAUUUUUAUAUAUAUAUAUAUAUAUAUAUAAAUAAAUAAGCAAGGAAUAACGAGGAAAGGAACGCGUGCGCACAUGGGCACAGGCGGAUGGUGGAGCAGGCGCAGGUCCGAGGAGGCGCAGGUCCAAGUAGGGGUGAAGAAAAAGAAGGGACACAGUCAGGCUCCUAACUUGGGGUGUUAGGCGCCUGACUGGGGGGCAAUUGUUGGGGGAACGAGCAUGGGCCAGCCCAGAAAGGAAAAGCCCAUAAUGAGUUAUUAUGGACCGGGGGCACGGGCCCAACCAAAGGGACAGAGAAAGCCCAUGAGGGCAGGAAUACUGGGCCGAAGGGCGCCCAGACUUGAGCCUGGGCGGCUGAAGACAGCAUGAGAGACAGGUGGGACCAGGCCCCUGGCGAAGGGCGUGUGAGACAAAAGCGAACAACGGUCGGAAGUGUACGAAAAGCUGAAGAGAUGAUGUCAUGCACCUUCGAUCUCUGACCAACGUGCCAGAUGGUCGAGGCGCAUGAGCCAGGGGUGUACGAUGCAUUUAUGGCGGGUCUGACACAGGGCGAGAGCGACGUGUACCGGUCGAUCUCGCCUCAGGUAUAAAUAGUCGAGUAGGUGAACCUCAUUUACUCAGUUUUGCUUCUCUAACUAGAACUUUUCCCACACUUCUCUCUCUAAAGAGUAGGUUCUUACUUGAGCGUCGGAGUGCUAACGGGCCAAUUCGGUCCGCUAGGUGCUUGUGUGGGUGCAGGAGAGUCAAGGCGCAAGAGGGCAGGUAAGGUAGGAGAGCUAGGCGCACGAAGGAGGUUCCCAGGCAUCAACAACGUUAUCGUUAAUAAUUUUGUAACUCUUUUCUUAGUUAAAAUACUAAAAUUUUGGAAUGUUGACCUUCGUAUGUUUGUACCAAGUCAGUAUCAUGUUGCCAAGUCAAUAUUACUAACAAAACUGCUAACUGGAAGUUAACAUUCGACUAAUUCUUAGUAUUUUGAUAGGUUUAGAUAAUAUAAAAGGUUCUAAAAA